AUGGGACCAACUUACGCGGAUUUUCUCCAAUAUAUCAAGUCGACUCCUGUCCCUCGAGACGAGAUCGAGCACUUCCAAGCGACAUGGGCCAGGAAAUACGUGGACGAUCCAGCCUACAAGCCCAUCGUGAGUUUCUCUCGGGUAUCCAAAUCCGAAGGCGUCGAUACGUUCUUUGCGAAGACCAUCAGAUCUCCCAGCACCAUCCCCAACGCACUCACCUUGAUCCGCAAAGAUUAUGUCACUCCCCCCGAAGAACCGGCGCCAUCGCAACCAACAGGCAAAGGGCGACCAGAUGAUGACAACAAGCAGAAGAACUCCAAUGACAACGGCCCGCCGCCGCCGGCGGAUUUUAUCUGGCUGCUCGAUCUGCGCUCCGACCUGAACGGCUUCAAAGACACCACGCACGGGGGCGUGCUCUGCUCGUUGAUGGAUGAGGCUUUGAGCAUCUGCGUCGAAAUCCACCGCCAACAGAUGAUGGGGAUGCGCUCCAACUUGUACACCGCCUACCUCACCACCAUCUACCGUGCGCCGGUGAUCACCCCCUGCACCGUGGCGGUGAAGGCGAGGCUCGAGAGGAGGGAAGGUCGGAAGUGGUUCCUGACCGGGGCUCUCGAGGACGAGCAGGGAAAAAUCUUGACUGAAGCGAACGGCCUUUGGAUUGCGGCGAGGGAGAAGUUGUGA